CCGGAACUUUUUGAUAAAAAGAAUGAAGUCGAUUUCGUUCAGCUAAACUAUAUAUUGAAAUUACUAUAAUUUAUGAGGUGGGCUCCCAUUAUUAGAAUAUUCUUUUUGACUUGGAAUGUGUAUGUAUGUGACGCUAGAAAAUCAAGAAGGAGGUGUGUAUUUUGUUCCCGUGUUUCCACCUGUUUGUUCACGAGCCAAUUCUAUGAUUAACGAUUAGCAUAGUUAUAUACAACCAGUCUUUGGUAUUUCUGGAUCUGUAUAUUUCUGUAUAGGUUUUAGAAUUUCCUUAUCAAGUACGACAUAGUUUUUGUCGCCUUUAGGAUUUUAGUUAAGAUAAAAGAGGUCAUUUUGGGGAGAAUUGACAUCUUUGUGUUAUUGACACCUUUAAUACAUGGGAGCAUGUUAUUGUGUUCUAUCUAUUCCCACAACAAAGUUGCAUUGUGCACAACCUCUCCGUUGCUAACUUACUGUUGUUGCAAUAAGGUGAAGAAAACUAUAAAGGAUAUGUCAGAGAAUAAACAAGAAGUAGAUCCAGAUACUGUUACAAAUAUGGAAGCUUUUAUAGAUACAGAGGAAGAACUUAUUAAACAAUGUGAAGAAAUGUGGAAAGACAUGGAAGAUUGUCAGAACAAAUUAUCACUUAUUGGAAUGGAGACACUCACUAAAUCAAAUGCUCAGCUCUCAUUACUUAUCAUGCAAGUGAAAUGUUUGACUGCUGAACUUGGUCAAUGGAACAAAAGAAAACCUGAAAUAAUUCCCCUAACUGAAGACGUUCUGCUAGCAUUAGGAAAAGAAGAGUUUGAAAAAUUGAGGUGUGAUCUUGAAAUAGUACUAUCUACCAUUCAAUCAAAGAAUGAAAAGUUAAAAGAAGACUUAGAAAGGGAGCAACAGUGGUUGGAUGAACAGCAGCAAAUACUAGAAACUCUUAAAGUAUUACACAGUGAUUUGAAAAAUCAGGUUGUAACAUUUACUGAAUCAAGAAUCUCUAAUGAACUGAAAGCUAAGAUCCGUAGUAUAAAAGAAUUUAAGGAGAAGCUCUUGCUUACUUUGUGUAACUUUUUAGAAGAUCAUUUUCCUCUGCCUGAUGGAAGUACUCAAAAGAAAAGGAAAAACAUUCAAGACUUGAAUGCACAGCUGAUAACACUGAAUGAAAUGUUAGAGAUGCUUAUAAAUAGAAUGUUUGAUGUUCCACAUGAUCCAUAUGUUAAAAUUAGUGAUUCCUUUUGGCCACCAUAUAUUGAGCUGCUUCUGCGUUAUGGAAUUGCUUUGAGACAUCCAGAAGAUCCAUCCCGAAUAAGAUUAGAAGCCUUCCAUCAGUAAAAUGAUUGUCUGUUUUUGCACAGUAUGGAGUCUUUACACCCAUGGAUAAAGAAAACACAGGACUAUUUAAAUAAAGAAUAUUAUUUGCAAAUCAAA